AUGGCGAGUAGAUUCAUACAGAAGUCAAAUGUAUCACAUCUAGCAGCGACGAAGAAGAUACUAAGGCAUCUGAAAGGAACUGUCGACUAUGACAUUUUGUUUCCAACAGCUAAUGAAGGAAAAAAAUGCAAGCUAUUGGGUUACACCGACUCAAGUUGGUAUACUGAUGCUGAAGAUAGAAAAUCCAUAAUUGGCUAUGUGUUUAUGCUAGGUGGUAAAUCAGUUGCUUGGAGUUCAAGAAAAGAACCAGUAGUGGCAUUGUCGUCGUGUGAAGCAGAGUACAUAAUUGUUUCCCUCUGUGCAUGUCAAGCAACGUGGAUGGUGAAUUUGGUCGAAGAGAUUACAUGGAAGAAUCAUUGA